AUGCGUGUGUGCCUGUGUGUGCACCUCUGUCCACGUGUGUGCACGCGUGUCCGUGCCUGCCGCGUGCAGGUGUGCGUGACGGUCGGGAUCCGUCCCCAGCUGUCCAAAGAGAAGAUUGAGGGAUGCCACAUCUGCACCUCUGUGACACCCGGAGAACCUCAAGUGCUUCUAGGAAAAGACAAGGCCUUUACCUAUGACUUUGUCUUUGACCUGGACACGUGGCAGGAGUACAAUGCCACGGUGCUGGCGUAUGGCCAGACUGGCGCAGGGAAAACGUACACCAUGGGCACUGGCUUUGAUAUGAACAUCUCCGAGGACGAGCAGGGCAUCAUCCCCCGGGCCAUCGGCCAUCUCUUCAGUGGCAUCGAGGAGCGCAAGCGGACUGCGCAGAGCCAGGGCAUGGCAGCCCCCGAGUUCAAAGUCAGCGCCCAGUUCCUGGAGCUGUACAAUGAAGAGAUUCUGGACCUGUUUGACAGCACCCGUGACCCUGAUGCUCGCCACCGCAAAUCCAACAUCAAAAUCCAUGAGGAUGCCAAUGGGAGCAUCUACACCACGGGAGUCACGUCUCGCCUCAUCAGCUCACAGGAUGAGCUGAUCCAGUGCCUGAAGCAAGGGGCUCUUUCCCGCACCACCGCCAGUACCCAAAUGAAUGUGCAGAGCUCCAGAUCUCAUGCCAUCUUCACCAUCCAUCUGUGCCAGAUGAGAGUGUGCACCCACCCCGAAAUGGUGAACGGGCAGGUGACCGGCCUCCCGGAUGGAGCCCAGCCCACGGAGUACGAGACCCUCACAGCCAAGUUUCACUUUGUCGACCUGGCCGGCUCGGAGAGGCUGAAGCGAACGGGUGCAACAGGAGAGAGAGCAAAGGAAGGCAUCUCCAUCAACUGUGGGCUGCUGGCCUUGGGGAAUGUCAUUAGCGCCCUCGGAGACCAGAGCAAGAAAGUUGUGCACGUUCCCUACCGUGACUCCAAACUCACUCGUCUGCUGCAGGAUUCCCUCGGGGGCAACAGCCAAACCAUCAUGAUUGCCUGCGUGAGCCCAUCUGACCGGGACUUCAUGGAGACCCUGAACACGCUCAAAUAUGCAAACCGGGCUCGCAACAUCAAGAACAAAGUGGUGGUGAACCAAGACAAGACAAGCCAGCAGAUCAGCGCCCUGCGGGCUGAGAUUGCUCGACUCCAGAUGGAGCUGAUGGAGUACAAGGCGGGCAAGCGAGUCAUCGGGGAGGAUGGCUCAGAAGGUUACAGUGACCUUUUCCACGAGAAUGCCAUGCUCCAGAAGGAGAACAACACACUGCGCAUGCGAGUGAAAGCCAUGCAGGAGGCCAUUGAUGCCAUCAACAGCAGAGUCACGCAUCUCAUGAGCCAGGAGGCUAACUUGAUGCUGGCUAAAGCAGGCGAUGGCAACGAAGCCAUUGGUGCCCUCAUCCAGAACUACAUUCGAGAGAUUGAAGAGCUGAGGACCAAACUCCUGGAGAGUGAGUCCAUGAAUGAGUCGCUGCGUCGCAGCCUCUCACGUGUCUCCACCAGACCCCCCUACUCCGUGGGCUCAUCCCCAGCACCUGGCCUGGCCGGCCUGAGCAGCCCUGCUGCUGCGUUGGAGACGGAGGCCUCUGAUGUCCUCCGACGGGCUAAGCAAGACCUGGAGCGUCUGAAAAAGAAAGAGAGAAGGCAGCAGAGGAAGAGCCCUGAGAAGGAAGCAUUUAAAAAGCGUCCGAAGCUGCAGCAGGACAACGGGGAGGAGACUGAUGAGAAUGAGGCUGAGGAGGAGGAGGAGGAACAAGAUGAGAGCGGCUGUGAGGAAGAAGAUGGGCGUGAGGAUGAAGAUGAGGACUCGGGGAGCGAAGAGAGCCUGGUAGAUUCGGACUCAGAUGCGGAGGAGAAGGCUGUAAAUUUUCAGGCUGACCUGGCGGAUCUGACAUGUGAGAUAGAGAUCAAGCAGAAGCUGAUCGAUGAGCUGGAGAACAGCCAGCGACGUUUGCAAACCCUCAAGCAUCAAUACGAGGAAAAGCUGAUCCUACUGCAGAACAAGAUCCGGGACACACAGCUGGAGCGGGACCGUGUUCUGCAAAACCUCAGCACCAUGGAGUGCUACACAGAGGAGAAAGCCAACAAGAUCAAGGCAGACUAUGAGAAACGACUGAAGGAGAUGAACCGGGACCUGCAGAAGCUCCAGGCAGCCCAGAAGGAGCACGCUCGGCUACUGAAGAACCAGUCCCGCUACGAACGGGAACUGAGGAAGCUGCAGACAGAGGUGGCCGAGAUGAAGAAGGCAAAGGUCGCUCUGAUGAAGCAGAUGCGGGAGGAACAGCAGCGGAGGCGGCUGGUGGAGACUAAGAGGAAUCGGGAGAUUGCUCAGCUCAAAAAGGAGCAACGUCGGCAAGAGUUUCAGAUCCGGGCUCUGGAGUCUCAGAAGCGGCAGCAGGAAAUAGUAUUGCGAAGGAAAACCCAGGAGGUUUCAGCUCUGCGCCGUCUCGCCAAGCCCAUGUCGGACCGAGUCGCAGGCAGGAUGAGCCAGAAGCCGGCAAUGCUGGACUCUGGUGCGGAGGUCUCAGCUAGCACCACCUCUUCAGAGCCUGAAUCCGGAGCUCGCUCAGUUUCCAGCAUCGUGCGCCAGUGGAACCGGAAAAUCAAUAACUUCUUGGGAGAUCCCUCGCCCUCCAUGAACGGAACUCGGCCUGCCAGAAAGAAGUUCCCUAAGAAGGGGUCAAGCCAGACCUUCAGUAAGGCUGCCCGUCUCAAAUGGCAGUCUCUGGAACGACGCAUUUUUGACAUAGUCAUGCAGAGAAUGACCAUCGUCAACCUGGAGGCCGACAUGGAGCGGCUCAUCAAGAAACGGGAGGAGCUGGCGCUGCUGCAGGAGGCAUUGCUUGGCAAGCGGACGAAACUACAAGCAGAGAGCCCCAAGGAGCAAAAAGGCCUGCAGGAGCUGAAUGAGGAGAUUGAGGUGCUGGGGGCCAACAUAGACUACAUCAACGACAGCAUUUCUGACUGCCAGGCUACCAUCAUGCAGAUUGAGGAGACCAAGGAAGAGCUGGAUUCCACUGACACCUCUGUGGUGAUCAGCUCUUGCUCCUUGGCUGAAGCCCGGCUCCUGCUGGAUAAUUUCCUGAAGGCUUCCAUUGAUAAGGGGCUGCAAGUGGCACAGAAAGAGGCCCAGAUCCGCCUACUGGAGGGACGCCUGAGGCAGACGGACGUGACCGGCUCUUCGCAGAACCAUGUGAUCCUGGAUGCCCUGCGUGAGAAGGCAGAGUCACACCCUGAGCUGCAAGCUCUGAUUCACAAUGUCCAGCAAGAGAAUGGCUACACAAGUACAGAUGAUGAAGUCUCCGAAUUCAGCCUGGCUUCAGAUGGGAGCUUCUCGCAGUCUUUCACUAUGAAGGGCUCAGCCAGCCAGGAUGACUUCAAGUUCAAGGGAGAGCCCAAGCUCUCGGGGCAGAUGAAGGCAGUAUCAGCCGAGUGUCUAGGACCCACACUGGAUAUCUCCACCAAGAACAUCACCAAGUCCUUGGCAUCCCUCAUGGAGAUCAAAGAGGAUGCGAUCAGCUUCUCUAUUCGAGACCCCUAUUAUAAGGAGAAAGUGUCCCGCACCAUCAGCUUGCCCACGCGAGGAAGCACCUUGUAA